AGCAGUUUAAAACAAAAAUAACUUUUUAAAAUAUUGAAGCGCUUUAAAAAUGAUUUACACCAAAAAAAUUAUUCUUAAACUUUUUAUUUUUUCAUUAAUUGGUUUUGGCAACACCGGGAGAACAUAUUAUGAAAGUUUUGAGACCACAAAUGCCAAGCCAUCAAUAAAAGCCUCUGUUACCAUAAUGCUACCGCAAAGAAAAGUUGAAGAUUCGAAAACAAUAGAGGUGACAUUUAACAAAGAUAGUGCGGAAGAGUGUAUUUAUGCCUGCACAAAGACAGCGUUGUGUAAGUCUGUCAGUUAUAGUCUUCCAGCAACAAUGUGCAUUCUAUCAUACAAUGAUAUAAGCAAUAUCACAGCACAGGAAAUAAAUUUUCCGGCGGACAGUGAUUUUGAUACGUACGUUUUUUAAAAGAAGCCUAAUUUUUAAUAUCUGUCAUUAUUCUCAAGCUCUGAUAAAUAAAAAUAAUUUUUGAAUAUAUCUGUAUCAAGUGUAUUUUAGUAAGAUUACAACUUUAUUCUAUUUCUAA